AGGAGCAAGCAAGCUACCGUUCGCGCGCUCACUGGCCUGAGCCCCACCGCGGCUCUCGCAUGCAGCGGUCACCUCGAGACACCGAAAACCACGACUAAAUUUCCGUCUACGCCGCCGCCGCGAUUAAAUUCUCGCGUCGCAAACCGCAGCGACCGACGCGAGACCUUGCCUACUGCAUUGGCUUCGCCGCUGUUCCCUUUCGAGCCCGUCGCGAUCUGCCGGUCAGUACAGACCAGGUGCAAGAGCAGACCUAUCCCGGUGACUUCCGAAGAGAGGUGCGGCCGGAUGCGAUUCGUCGAGUCAUGAGCGAUGUUGUCCUCACCUCGCUGGCCACCCUGCGGACCUCCGAUGGCGGAUGCGUCGCGGUCUUCAAGGACACGCUCAGUGCCUGCAGCGAGUACUUCGAGUCGCUCUUCAACGGGCCGCUAUCCAAGGCGAGCCAAGGCGACUUCCUCAUCCCCGGGGUGACGAAGGAAGAACUGCAGGCCAUCGUUGCGUACGCCAGCGCGGGAGACGUGGCGAUCACGGCCGACAACGUCGCACAACUGACCGUCGCGGCGGAUCAGUUGCUCGUCGAUGGGCUGCUCAGCGAGUGCUGCGCGUUCAUGUCGCGCAACGUGGACCUGGACAACUGCGUCAGGGUCCUGGAGAUGGCGCGCUUCUUUCACCUCGAACCGCUGCGCAAGCUGGCGCUCCGCUUCCUGCUCGACAACUUCGAGCGGGUGUACUCGGAAAAUUGCGACUUCCGCAGUCUGAGCCUACAGAACUUGGUUGACCUGCUCGCGUCGGACGAACUCAAGGUACGCCGCGAGGAGACCGUUUGGGAAGCGACCGUGUUUUGGAUAAAGUCCGAUCCCGAGGAACGCUACGCGUGUCUGGACAAGCUGCUGCCACACAUCCGUUUCUGCCUCAUGAAGGACAGCUACCUGAGAAAGGUGGUCAUGCGCAAUCCUUUCAUCUCCAAGAACACGUUCUGCAAGACGAUCGUCAAGCGGUGCUACACAAUUCAGCAGUCGGGACGCGACGCGUGCCUCUUAAAUCCCACCCACAGCAUGUUCGUGCAGCGGGUGCCUGCCGAGAUCAUGUUCGUGUACGGCGGCAUACACCGCGGCUACAAGAGCAAUACCUGGGAGGUGUACGACUACAAGACCAACGAGUGGAACACUGUGCAGACUGACUUCAGGCAGGACCUGGUCUUCGGCCUGCAGUGCGUCUCGGUGGGUCACAGAAUCUACGUCAUGGGCGCUGACAUCGCGAGGCUGUGUCCGUUUUGUUACUGCUUCGACGCAGCCGCCGUGAAGUGGUCGGCCAUAACGCCAAUGAGGCAAUUGCGGGCCUUCUUCGGUAUAGCUGUCCUCGACGACCGCGUGUACUGCAUCGGCGGUUCGCCCAACGGCAUCGUUACGCUGGACACCGCCGAGGAAUACGACACCGCCACGGACACUUGGCGUACCGCAAGCCGCAUGAACCAUCCUCGGCUCGGCGCCGGGGCGGCCUCUUGCGCGGGCCGCGUCUACAUCGUUGGCGGCAUGUCUACGGAGAAGCUUCUUCGUUCGGCCGAAGCGUACGAUCCCGAGACUGACAGGUGGACGAUCGUAGCGCCGAUGAAGACCGAGCGGCUUUUCCACGGUCUUGUAUCCUACAGGAACAAAAUCUACGUCAUUGGCGGACUCUCGAGAAAGUCGAGCGUGUGUGAGGUCUACGACCCUAAACGUGGCAAGUGGUCCAAAGGCUCCAAGACCAAGACCUUCACGGACAAGGUCGUCGCCGUGGUUUUGGACGACAAAAUCUACGCGAUCGGCGAAGCCAACCAGAAGGACUACAAGCGCUGUCUCGAGUACUUCUCGGGUGAUGACCAGAAAUGGCACUCCAUUCCGGGCUACGCGCCGCCGCGCUGGUUCUACACAGCCUGCGUGAUCAGGAACCUGCCCAACGCUAUGGACUAUAUCAACAGGCCCAAGGAAAUGGACUACAAGUGUGCUUGCGCAGUGCUGUAAGGGUUUCCCGAAACGAAACUUCAAGCUAUCUAGAUUUUUUUUUGUGGAUACCUGAUUUCUUUUUGUUGUGAUGUAGCGGAAGAGAAGGACAGGCAUUUUGCUACUCAAUAUCCUUGUGCUUAUUUCAAGAGCUUUCAUAAUUGUGAGAACGGAGACCAGAACGGUUCUCACCGGUUUCAACACAUAAUCGACAGUGUAAAUAUUGUGCGGGACAGACACACUGGAUACCUUGACUGCUCACUUUUGUUCUUCAUUGAUGUCUGGGGUGCAGUUAGCUUCGUUUGAGACCAGCUACUUCGCGUGUCAACUGCGUGUCUUGUGAUGCCAAGACCGCAUUAAAGAUUUUCACACUCAAAAGAAAGAAACGGUCAUUAUUUUUUUUGUCUGGACAUUGCAGAGCUUGUGGGAUGCACGCAGCUGAAGGGCCACAAAAUAAAAUUUCAUUUGGUUAUUGGGC